GAAUUUGAAUAUACAGAAUGGGCAAAUGAAUAUUUUACAUCGGAUACUACGGAAAUGCAAAAACAACUAUUCUCCAUGUACACCAGUCAACGAUAUAAUUCCCAGGCUGCUAAACUUGCAUUUACUGCUGGUGGUACAUUGACAGAUGUGUACAUGUAUUCUCUCGUUUAUCCAUACCAAACAACAGAGCAACAACAAUACCCAUCAUGGACAGGUGUUAUGCACGGGGGAGAUAUUCCAUACGUCUGGGGAGAUAUUGUGAGAGAUUCAGCUACGCAAGGUGAAAAUCCGGAGGCCUCUAUCCUUAGUUUCAACAUGAUGAAAUACUGGGCCAACUUUGCAAAAACUGGAAAUCCAAGUAUGAGCGAUCAAGGCGUAUUGACGGACGUAGAGUGGCCACGGUAUCGCAACCUACAUCGUCAUUAUCUCAAACUUGACGGCAACGAUAUCUCGGCCGAUUCUUAUCUAGGUGGAAAGGAUACGGCAUUCUGGAAUUUUAUCAUGCCUACACUUCGAGUGUCCUGUCCGUUAUAUAUGCCUUGAUAGAGAAAGACUUUAAUUGAAAAUGCUCAAAAUAAUUUGGUAAUAUUAAGUAAUUUGAAAAUUUCACUCGAAAUACCGCAGGUGAUCUAAUGUUGCUUACAUUUUGUGGUUGGCAGUAUAAAGUAAUAACCAUGACCUGUUUGUCUAAUUAAAAUACUUUGGAAA